GAAGAGACCUUUCCCCAGCCUGCAGUUUCCCCACUCUGCACACAAGCUUGAUAAGGACAAGGCUGAGCUGACUAGUUUGCGCAAUGUGUUUUAAACAGUGCGGCCCCAAAUAUCCACAGACUGCACUUUUGCCUCUUGGUAAGGGGUUAGGGGACUAUGCUCGCUCUCCUCUAAACAGUAUUAGGUACAUCUCAGCUCAGAACUGCCCCAGGUCUGUGCAUUAGUCGCUCUUCAACAUAGUGAUCCUGGUAGCUCUGGAAGCUCCAAGAUCAAGAGUUGAUGGAAGAUGCGGGAACCUAUAUACACUCUAUUUCUACUUUUUCCUAAGCAACUUCAGUUAUCCUGUUUGCAACAAGAUUCUGUGUAAGACAGACCUUAUGUUAAGUUUCAAAAUUCAGAAAUAGUAGCAGCUAGGCCAAAUAAACAUUUUUAUAACAUCUGGAGAUUAACAGAGUCAUAGAUUCCCCUAAAAGCUGCAAAUGCUAUCAUGUUACUGCAAGCAACAGGAACUGAUACUUGACUGCAUUUGAUAGCCCUUCGUAGGUAAACAACCUCAAAAACUGUUUCUCACUAGCUUUUUCAGUUAUGUUAAGACACUACUGUCAUUAAACAAUUUAUGUCCAACAUUUUAAGUGCAAUUUUCGAGUUGGGUGUCCAAUCAGCAUUUGACCAAUGCAGUAAGUUUGAGAUUUUUCCCCCCUUUAGUCUGAAAAUACAGAUACUUCCUUUUAUCUGGACAUUCAAUGCAAUGUUGCUCAUCUACCAGCAGUUUGUAAGACCAAAUCCAUAUUAAGUAGAUCACCAACAGACAGACUGAGAAUCAUAAUUAAACAACAAGAAGUUGUCUCCUUCAAAAGUGCAUCUGUGGGUAUUCAUGUGUUUUUACUGCUUUUAAGUAUUUGAUUUGCUUCAGUAAUUUCAAAAGAUUAGUUAGCUUAAAUGUUAUUUAAUCAGUAUUUCUUUCAUUUACUACUUAAUUUUUCAGAAAAGUUUUUGCAGCAUGUAUUAUAUUGAAAUGUCUAAAUUGUCACAUGUAUUGUCUGUCCACACAUUCACAGUUGCACAAACUACUUCCCUUUUCAUUUAAGCCUAUAUAAAAGUUAACUAAGGCAACCGCUUACUCAGAGGAAUUUCUACAUAUUUUUAGCUACCGUUGACUGCCAUUUGAAUUGGUAAAAAUAUAAAGAUGAGACAGUGCUAUGUGACAAGCAAAUAUUGCUGGCAGAUCUGCAAUACUGAGAACUCUCCUACUAGUAGCAUUUUGCCACUUAGACUUCUAACAAACAUUAUGAAGUUAUUAGGUUUGGUUUUGCUUUAAGUUAACUAGACCUUCCCCACCCAUGUGCGAUACCAUCAUUCUUACUCUACAAAACCCCUUGAAGUUUGAGCCAAAUUUAACCUGAUCGUUUCCGUAUUUCUGAGCACAGUUCCUUUUUAACAUUCAGAAGAACUCUCUCAGUUUUGCAUCUCAAUCAAACUUUCACACAUCCAACCAGAAACAUGAAUCACACCAGUGCUAUUUCAGGGAACGUGUACAGCUAUAGUGGCAGGGGAAGCAUGCCAUCCACCAGAUCACACAAACACAGAGGCAAUCACAAAGCAACGCUCCAAACAGGUUCGCCGGAAUCCGACAGGCAUGGUCCCGUCCGCCUGAGAGGACGAGAGCGGGAAGCAGCGCCUCUCGCCCGGGCAGCCCCGGGCUCCCGCGCCCGCCAUGGCCCUGCCCGAGCCCCGCGACGCCGGCCGCUACCCCAGCCCCCCGCCUCCGAAGCCCUCGGAUCUCCGCGAACUGGGCCCCGGCGAGCGGCGGAGUCGGCGGGGGCAGCCCCAUGGCCGCCUGCGUUCGGCUUCGCCUUCCCCUCCCCCGCGCCGCGGCUCCGGCAGCUCCGCACUGGGAUAACGCAGCCUCUGACUCGCUCGCUGCUCGCGUCCCCCUUCACCUCCCUCUCCUCCCUCCCCCAACGCGCACACUUGAUAGAAAGUCUCCUCUCGGCGGCGGGAGGGCGGUGAAAUCCUUCGCUCUCCUCCCUCCGCUCUCUGUAACGCGAACGAGCCGCCGCCUUCUGUUCCUCAGCCUUGGCCAAGUCGGCGUUUUGUUGACAGGCUUUG